AUGGCGGGCAAGGAGGAUCUGAAGCUCCUCGGCCUGCUGGUGAGCCCGUUCGUGAUCCGCGUGCGCAUGGCGCUAAGCAUGAAAGGACUGAAUUACGAGUACGUCGAGGAGGACCUAUUCAACAAGAGCGAGCUCCUGAUCAAGCUCAACCCGGUACACAAGAAGGUGCCCGUGCUCAUCCACAACGGUAAGCCCAUCUGUGAGUCACUCGUCAUCCUGCAGUACGUCGACGAGCUGUUCGCUGGCCGGGCAAUCCUCCCAACUGACCCCUACGAGCGUGCCACUGCUCGCUUCUGGGCUGCCUACAUCGAAGACAAGUUGUGCCCGGCGUGGAUAGGCAUCUUGAAGGCCAAGGCGGAGGAGGAGAGGGCGGAGAAGGUGAAGGAGACGCUUGCCGCGAUCGAGCACGUGGAAGUGGCCUUUGCCAAGUGCUCCAACGGCAACGCCUUCUUCGGCGGCGACUCCAUAGGCUACCUCGACAUCGUGCUCGGCUCUUUCUUGUUCUGGUUCGAGGCGCUGCGCAGGAUGUACGGCCUGGAGAUCAUUAACACGAGCAAGACUCCGCUCUUGGCUGCGUGGGCGGAGCGGUUUGGAGGGAGUGUAGAGGCGAAGGAGGUGGUGCCGGAGGCGGACAAGGCGGUGCAGUACGCCAAUAAGCUUCAUGCCGCCGCCGCCGCCGCCGCCGCCGCUGUCAAGUUAGUGAGUUCAGAAUGA